AUGAUGUCACUCAGCGCCACCAUUCUCAUCCUUUGCAUUGGAUCGACGUUUGCCAUCUGCCCGACCUUGACUGACACGACACUUGUCAGCAAAGGACCAGCCCCCGGUUCCGUGUGCCCGCCUGGCCUAGGCACUUGCUACAACGAUGGCUCGGGAACCGAUCUGGGCGAUGCAUGCUAUGUGGCUGGUUCUACUCCGGUAACCUGUGUAGACAAGAUGCCAACACAAUGUGCCACUUGGGUGCCCAAUGGUUUCUGCACACAGGCCGGCUACACAGAUGCCGAUCGGAAGAACUAUUGUGCCAAGAGUUGUAAUCUUUGCACAACAGUUGGCACUACUUGCACCGAUUCGAGCACAAACUGUGCCUCGUGGGCGAAGAACGGUUUCUGUGACAACACCUCCUACGACUCAGCCACGAAGAUCAAGUACUGCAAGAGCACAUGCAACUUGUGCAGU